CAGCCGCCGCGUGCAGUGUGAGCGGAGAGCUCGGCUCCAUUCCCAAGGAUGCUGGGGGGCGAUGCCUGGCGGCAGGGAGGACGAGAUUUGUCAGAAAGCGCUGCAGCUGCUGGCCGAGCUCUGCUCCAGCGGGGCGGUGGAGAACGAGAACUGCCUGGAUUUCAUCUACUACUUGCGGGACAGAGCCCGGCCCCGGCUCACGGACUCAGAUAUCUCAGUAAGCUUGCUGUCCUUAGUUGUCACAGCCUGUGGACUUGCUCUCUUUGGUGUGUCUCUGUUUGUGUCCUGGAAGCUUUGCUGGAUCCCUUGGCGAGAACGUGGCCUGCCCUCUGGGAGCAAAGACAACAAGCAGGAAUCGCUGAACUAUACAGACACAGAGACCAAUGACCAUGAAUACAGUGAGGAUUACCUGGGGCAGCCUACUUCCUACCCGGAGUCCUCCCUAAAGAUUAGCCACACCUCCCCUGAUAUUCCAUUAGAUGCUCAGGCAGGGACCAAGGAGAACUGUGUGCACAAUGUCCGAAUGCAUCGCCAAAUCACAGAACCAACUUCUUCUGCUCGGCACAAUUCAAUCCGAAGACAGAUCAAGCUCUCGAACCCUGACUUCAACAUCCAGCAGCUUCAAAAACAGGAGCAGCUGACGGGGAUUGGACGCAUUAAGCCAGAGUUGUAUAAGCAAAGAUCAGUGGAUACCGAUGAUGGCCGGAGGAAUAACAGCAAGGCCUGUGGGAAACUCAACUUCAUUCUGAAAUAUGAUUGUGAUUUAGAGCAGUUGAUCGUGAAGAUUCACAAAGCUGUCAACCUGCCAGCAAAGGACUUUUCUGGAACUUCAGACCCUUAUGUGAAGAUCUAUUUGCUUCCGGAUAGAAAAACAAAACAACAGACUAAAGUGCAUAGAAAGACUCUAAACCCAGUGUUUGAUGAAGUUUUUUUAUUUCCCGUUCCGUACAAUGAUCUGACCACAAGGAAACUCCACUUCUCUGUGUAUGACUUUGACAGAUUCUCCAGGCAUGACUUGAUUGGCCAAGUGAUAGUGGAUAAUUUUUUAGAUUUGGCAGACUUUCCCAGGGAAAGUAAUAUUUGGAGGGAUAUUGAGUAUGUCACCAAUGACAAUGUGGAUCUUGGCGACUUGAUGUUCUCACUCUGCUACCUUCCAACAGCUGGCAGAUUAACUAUUACCAUAAUAAAGGCUAGGAAUUUAAAGGCAAUGGACAUAACAGGAGCAUCAGAUCCCUACGUGAAGGUUUCUUUAAUGUGCGAGGGAAGACGCCUAAAGAAAAGGAAAACUUCCACCAAGAGGAAUACCCUCAAUCCUGUUUACAAUGAAGCCAUAGUCUUUGAUGUCCCUCCGGAAAACAUUGACCAAAUUAACUUGUCAAUAGCAGUUAUGGAUUAUGACCGUGUAGGUCACAAUGAGGUCAUUGGAGUGUGUCAAAUAGGCAACAAUGCAGAGAGUCUAGGCCGGGACCACUGGAAUGAAAUGCUCUCGUAUCCUCGGAAACCGAUUGCUCAUUGGCAUCCGCUUGCAGAGUGGGUUGGGCAAGGAACUACAGCUGAAAGCACUCCAGGGUCCUGCAAUUCUCUGAAAGGACCGCCAUCUCCAUGAAGGCAUAUGAAAUUUAUGAAUCCAAAUGGCAGUGAUGGACCACAUACAGGAAGACCCAUCUCAGCAGCCAACUAAGCAUUAACAGACCUGGCACAGACGAGAAGAACACAAAGGGGACUGUGAGCAUCUGGGAUGUUUGUUUGUUUUGUCAGUUUCUUUUACUUCCUUUGGCCAAACUCAGACAUCCCUAAAAUUGGAAUGUUUUAGUCAGUUGCAUGCUGGCCAGUUGUCAUAAUUUUUUUAAAUACUCAUCGCAAAGGUAUGUAAAGAGACCAGUACAGUUUUAAUAUGCAGUAACUUUGAUUUUACUACACAUGCACAUUGUAUUCUACUUUACUAUUUCUUGUUCAAUGAAUAAUCCUGUUAUGUCUAUGUUUCUGUCUAAUUUUGGAAAGUAGAGCCACAUCUUUAUCAGGAUUCCUUCAGUUAGGUGGAUCUUAUCUUUGUUUAGUAGAGAUAAUGCAUGAUUCCUUUGCAGUAAUGGUUUGAGGGAUAAAGUAAAUAAAUUUAAAAUUUCUUAAUUUUAUAAAAAGUAUAUCAUUCUUCUAAAUACAAGUAAAAUGUACUUUGAUUUAUUUAUAUAGAGCUAGUCUAUACAAAUAAUUUUGUUCUUAAGACAUUGUGCAAUUGUUAUUUAUUCCUAUUUUGUAUUUAUAUAUUAAAGUUU